AAUGACGCAACUUUACUCAAGUCCAAACAGGCAGUAACUACAAACUCAAAUAAGCAAGUUUUCUCUAAGUAGUGCUCUUUAGAAUAAUCAGCGGACUGGGUGUUGGGCACACCGAUGUAUUCGUACAAAAAAACUGAAUAAACCACUUUAUUUUCCUAUUACAUGAGGCAUUUUAGCUGCAUUGUCUCUUUAUAUCAGUGUUAGGUAGUGAGGGCCCCCCUGAACGUGGCUCCUCCUCCCCGCGCCGCGCUGCGUCUGGCCGCCCCCUCUCGGCUCAGCCGCGGACCGUCUCUUCUCUUUCACUGAGCUCCGAGCGCCGGAUAACCCUUACCGAGUACACAGCCAUGGCAGAAAGCGCCGGCUUGGAGAACCAUCGCAUCAAGAGCUUUAAAAACAAGGGGCGCGAUGUCGAGACUAUGAGAAGACAUCGGAAUGAAGUGACUGUAGAGCUGAGGAAGAACAAGAGAGAUGAGCACCUACUGAAGAAGCGCAACGUACCCCAGGAGGAGAGCCUGGAAGACUCUGAUGUAGACGCUGAUUUCAAAGGGCAAAACGUAACACUAGAUGCAAUCUUACAGAACGCCACCAGUGACAAUGCAGUGGUGCAGCUCAGUGCAGUGCAGGCUGCCAGAAAAUUACUCUCCAGUGACAGAAACCCCCCCAUCGAUGACUUGAUAAAGUCUGGGAUCCUCCCCAUCCUGGUGAAAUGCCUGGAGAGGGAUGACAAUCCUUCCUUGCAGUUUGAAGCUGCCUGGGCACUGACCAACAUUGCGUCCGGGACCUCUGCACAAACUCAGGCUGUGGUUAAAUCCAAUGCUGUUCCUUUGUUCCUGCGGCUGCUUCACUCUCCACAUCAGAAUGUGUGUGAACAGGCUGUGUGGGCCCUGGGCAACAUUAUCGGCGACGGGCCGCAGUGCCGAGAUUAUGUCAUCUCCCUGGGCGUGGUCAAACCCCUGCUGUCCUUCAUCAAUCCCUCCAUUCCCAUCACCUUCCUCCGCAAUGUCACCUGGGUCAUCGUCAACCUGUGCAGGAACAAAGACCCGCCCCCACCCAUGGAAACUGUGCAGGAGAUCCUGCCAGCCCUGUGUGUGCUCAUAUACCACACUGAUAUCAAUAUCUUGGUGGAUACAGUGUGGGCUCUCUCGUACCUGACGGACGGAGGGAACGAGCAGAUCCAGAUGGUCAUCGACUCGGGCGUGGUCCCCUUCCUUGUUCCUCUGCUCAGUCACCAAGAGGUCAAAGUUCAGACGGCUGCUCUGCGGGCGGUAGGUAACAUUGUGACGGGGACGGACGAGCAGACGCAGGUGGUGCUGAACUGCGACGUCCUGUCCCACUUCCCCAACCUGCUCACACACCCCAAGGAGAAGAUCAACAAGGAGGCGGUGUGGUUCCUCUCCAAUAUCACUGCAGGGAACCAGCAGCAGGUCCAGGCUGUGAUUGAUGCAGGACUCAUCCCUAUGGUCAUCCAUCAGUUAGCCAAGGGGGACUUUGGUACGCAGAAAGAAGCUGCUUGGGCCAUCAGUAACUUGACAAUAAGUGGGAGGAAAGACCAGGUGGAGUACCUGGUUCAGCAGAACGUCAUCCCGCCCUUCUGCAACCUGCUGUCAGUCAAAGACUCUCAGGUGGUCCAGGUGGUCCUGGACGGGCUGAAAAACAUCCUGAUCAUGGCGGGCGAGGAGGCCAGCACUAUCGCCGAAAUCAUCGAGGAGUGCGGAGGUCUGGAGAAAAUAGAAAACCUUCAGCAGCACGAAAACGAGGAUAUCUACAAGCUGGCGUUUGAAAUCAUCGAUCAGUACUUUUCAGGGGACGAUAUCGACGAGGAUCCCAGCCUCAUCCCAGAGGCCACGCAGGGCGGAACCUUCAACUUUGACCCCGCCUCCAACCUGCAGACCAAGGAGUUCAAGUUCUAAAAACCACCCAUCCGCCCCCGCCCGUCCUCCCGCCCUCGCCCCGCCCCCCCACAAGGGGGUCGACUCGCUGCUCCGCACCUGUUCCGGUUACCGUCAGAACAUCACAACAGAUUUCACCCUACAGACCCACACAAACCCCAAACCCCACACAGCAGCCAUGCACUGAAGGAGCAAAGACUACUGCAGGCAUCACACCCCCUCCCCUCCCCCCUUUGAAAAACAAAAAAAAAAUCAAAAACAACCCACAACCCUUCCACCCCCCCCCCCCGCCCGCCUCAGCGAUGCUUCAGAAAAUUACAGAAAAGCAAAAAAAAAAAAACUACAAAAAAAAUGUAAAAACCCACUUCCCAUCACUGCAGUUGCCAAGUCACUCUUCCUCUCCUUCCUCACCUUCCUCACAGACGUACAGAACACUUCUGCAUGAGCUGUCAAAUCAGUCCAGGUGAAGAGAAGGAAAAAGGAGAGAAAAAAAUCCACAUGGGGGUGGGGGUAUGUGGCUUCCCUCCAGCCCCCCCCCCCCCCCCCCCCCCCCAAUCACUCCAGUCUCACUCAAUCGAGCUCUGAGCACAUCAGCCACCCCAAUUGAAGAAGUUUAACCUCAGAGCUAAGGGGCGUGGCACCAUGAUGUCUGCCAUGCCGUGGAAGGCCCCUGAAAUUCGGAGAGGGGAAGGAGAGGUUGUAGUUUACUGACAGAACUCAUCUGUCGCCACUAAUUUCGUUUAGGUUUUCUCUGGGGUUUUUUUUUUUGUUUUGUUUUGUUUUUUCCUUGCUUUUUUUUUUUGUUUGUUUUUGUUUCGUCUUCUCUUCGAUCAUCAUGGAAGAAUGAAUUUCUAUGUUGGGGGGGAGAAAAAAAAAAACUAAUUACAAAAAAAUGACUGUGAACAACAUGCGCAUAAAAAAAACUAAACUGGUUUCAUGGAAAAAAGAUGAUUUGUUUUACAUAAAUUCUGCAAAGGAGAAGGAAAACAAAAAAAAACUUUGUAGCAUUGAUCUUUUGUAGGUCCAGAAACCAGGAAUUAAAAAAGAAAAGAGCCAUUUUGUGUGGAGAUACAACUCUGCUGGAGCUGAGACUUGAGCUGAAAGGAAUUACUGUUAUUCUGGAAGACUGAAGCCAUGCUGCACUAAUGAUGUCACUGCCUGUGUCCUUGUAUUGUGACAUCACAGCCUGCCCUCCCAGCUUAUUAAAUUGGCAGUUGUGAUGUCACAGCCUGCCUCCCUGCUCAUUGGAUAGGCCGUAGGCAUGCACACUGUAUGGGGGAGACCCGGUGUCCUGUCUCUAGCUAGUGGCUGGAGGUCAGAUCUGAAACUCUUCUGUGCGGUGAUUCCGAUCUGGUUUCUCUUCUGAAGAAAACGCAAACCUCUGACUACCCGGCAUGCUUUUGGGCUGUUUUUUUUUUUCUGUUUUGUUUUAUUGUUUUAAUUAAUUUUAUGAUUUCUAUUUCCUAUUUUCCAGGAUUUAUUGCAUAUUUUUUAGUUUGAAUUUGAAGACAACAUAAAGAAAAAUUAAAAUUUGUUCUUGUUUAAUCUGUGGAGCUUCCACGUCUUUGCGGUUUCUCAGUCUUAUUCAUACUUGCAAGUAGCACCUUGUACUUAACUGUCUGUGGAAGGUGGCAAACUGCUUAAAUGGAAAACGAUAACAAACAGUGGAGACCUUUACAACUCUCUGCUUUUUGUUCCGUUUAUCUUUGUUUUUUUUCCCAAUGGUCACAUGCUACAAGCCUAACUGUAAAAAUUAAUCUAGAUCUUUCCCACGUCUCAUAUUUCAGGCCUGUAUAAAAGCUGCAGUAGCUGUCUCUUCCUUGCUGGGAUACUGCAGAAAAAUAGCAUUGCAUUUACUGUUGGAAAAAAAAAAAUCUUUAAAAAAUAACAGGGAUUUUCUGUUUUUUUUUUUUUUUUUUUUUUUUUUUUUUAAACAUGCAUACAUUGUGAUGACAGAGGACUCUGUUUAUUGCAGAUGGGUUUUCUUGCUGUUGUGACUGGACAUGGUCUUCGUUUCCCUGUGCAUUUACUUUGUAACGGGAUUUGAAACUAAAAAAAAAAAAAAAAAAAAAAAAAAUUGCAUUUGGACUAAUGUAGUUAACGUUCUGGCUGCCAACUAUUGAACGAUGUGGGAGAUCAGGGGCAAGCAGCCAGAGCGUUCUGGACUAGCCGUUUAUUACUGAGGAACAAUACUUUUGCAGGUGUACAGUCAUGACCUAUUUAGACACUUAGACAGAGCCACUUUAAAGAUUAGAAUUUUUUGUCUUGUAUCAUAAACCGAUACAAGCGUAUGUUCAUUGCAAGAUUUUUACUUGCUGAAGAAAACUUGUUUUAAAUGAGAAAAAAAGCGGUAGAAUCGCAUUUUGGCCUCUGAUUGUUUGUAUCUUUUUAUAAAUUUUAGAUUGAAUUUCUCUUUAAGGUGGCUCACCGUUUCUUUCAGCUCUUGUGCAUAUUAAAGAGAAGAAUGAGUUGAAAUUCAUUGUGCCUUUUGUUUUUCAUUUCUAAGCAACAAAAAGAGUUUCUUAAAAAACAACUAAAAAAAAGAGUGCUUAGCAACCGAGGUGUUUGAGAAACGGGGUUUAACCGAGCGAGGCAUUCCCCCAUCGCUGCGGUGCAUUGUGGGACAUUUUAUCCGAGUGAGGCAUUCCCCCAUUGCUGCAGUGCACUGUGGGACAAUUCAGAGCGGCUUUUCUGUGCUGGGAGGCCAGAUUGUUCUAUUCGUUCUAUUGGCUGACCGUUGUAUUCCACUUGACAUCACCUCCCCACUCCCUACCCAUGACCAUCACCGCAACUUCACACAUUUUUCACCAAUCGGGUGGAUUCUGAGACUCCAUGGCAACAUGAUGUCAUCCCUCUCAUCACUCCCUCAGGACAUGGUCUCUGUAUUAAUGAUCCUAACCAAAAUAAACCUGCUGUUAGCCAUUGGCUC